AUGAAUAAAACAUACGGGUGCACGUUCUGCAAGCGUAAAUUCUCCAACGCUCAAGCUUUGGGAGGGCACAUGAACGUCCAUAGGAAGGAUCGGGCGAGGCUCGUCUCCCACGAGAACUUGUUCUCGUUGGGCCCCACCGACAAGGUAACGAAUUCCGAACAUGAGAAUAUCGUGGACCGAGAAAAUGAGACCAAGAAGAAGAAUUUUGAUGGUGAAAUUGAUAGCGUUCGUCCGAUUCCAAGUUUCGAAAAGGGUUUGAAACGACGUCGUUUUGAAGAGCCAGCGUGGUCACCGGGAAGUAGUGUCUUCGAGGUCGACCUUGAACUUAGGUUAGGACAUCAUUCAAGAGCCUCUUAG